AUGAGGUGUUUAAUUACUAUUCUUGUUGCAGGAUUCAUUUGUUGUAAUUGUGCAACGAUUGAAAGAGUUCAAAGACAGGUCUUCCCAGGUUCAUUCCAAUUUCCAUCCACUUCAGGAAAUCAAUUUGGAAAUCAGUUUUUCCCGCCACAAUUUAAUAACUUUAAUCAAAAUCAGCAAAGACCAGGUAUCAAUCAAGGAAAUCAGUUUAAUCAACAAAGGCCUGUAACAAAUCAAGGAAAUCAGUUCAAUCAACAAAGGCCUGUGACAAAUCAAGGAAAUCAGCAGCAAUUUAAUCAGGGAAAUCAAGGAGGUUUUAAUAAUCAAUUCCCUAACAAUCAGCAAAGGCCUGUAACAAAUCAAGGUAAUCAGCAGCAAUUUAAUCAGGGAAGUCAAGGAGGUUUGAAUAAUCAAAUCCCUAACAAUCAACAAUCGCAAAAUCAAUUUACUCAAACGACACCACCAGCUCCCACUCCCGCUCCAACUACAUUAGCUCCCGCAGUUCAGCAAUGUGUCGAUACUUGUAUUGCUAGAACUACUUCACAAUACAAUCCUGUUUGUGGAACUGACCAACAAAACUACCAUAACCAGGCAAGACUUGAUUGCGCAAGAGAUUGUGGCGCCAAUGUGAGCUUAGAACGAGUUGGCGUUUGUCCUACAAGAGAUCGAGGAACUGGAAAUCAAAAAUAAAUUAAAAAAAAUAGAAGAUGCAAAACAAAAUUGUUUGAAUGCAGAACUUGAAUCCUCUUAAAAAAUAUUUCUAAUGUUGUCUUUUAAAUAGACUAUACAUACCUAUAUGAUAUUAAAUGAGGAGACAUAUUUGUCAUUGAAUACUAAUUAAGACAAUUAAAAAUUUUGAUUUUGUGACGAGAAAUAAAUUAACACAACAAUGAAUA